AUGGGCAUCCCUCCGGUCAAACAGGCCACAAGUAUUUGUUACAUUGUGGAAGAGCCCCUUGAAGAUGUGGUCUCGGCCCUGAUCUCCGACGAGGAGAGUUCGGAGUUUGAGGACCACCUCGAGGCGGCAAAUGAGGCGCAACCGUCUAGUAGGGACCCUCCUGUGGAGGUUAUCCUGAAGAACGUGUUGCGCACAGCCCCCCUGUCCUUUCCUGAUGUGGAAGGGCGGGCGCUGAGUUCAAUUUCGGAGGAUGACGAGGAGCCGGCUCCCGGCCCUACUGUCACUUCUGCACUGUCUCGAAGGGCGGAUUUCCCUGCAAUCAUUAAGAAAGCAGCGGAGAUCAUGGGCGUUCCGCUGCCGGCCUCUCCUCCUGUGGAGGAAGAGGACCCGUGGGAGGUUGGCCCCCAUGCAAAACGCAUGAAGACGUCAAAACCCCUGUGCCCCACUAUGCCAAAGCUGGCUGAUUACGUGCAGGGCUCCUGGGAAGCGCCUUUGAUGGCUAACGCGCCAGUCAAAGCGCUGCUCCCUUUCACGAGGGUGACCGGGCUGGGAGAGGCGGUUAAGACCGGCCCCCCGCCCUUGGAACCGUCCCUCGCGGCAUACCUGGUUCCAGGGGCCAGCGCGUGGAUGACGACUAAGAAGGCAAACCUGCCGUCCUCCCGUGACAAGCUUACUGCCUCUCUGGCAGACAAAGCUUAUGUCUGGGGUGCGCAGGCAGCGGCAGCCUCCGGCAACGCCGCCCUUUUAACGGCGGCGGUCUCAAAGCUCUCGACGGAGAAACCUGAGGGCCUGUCGCCGGAGGAGACGUCGUGGGUGGCCAGGAUGGCGUCCGCGGCGCUCCACCUGAAUCAGGGGGCGGCCAUUUGUGCAGGCAGAGCAAUGGGCAACAGCCUUGUUGUUCAUCACCACCUCUGGCUGUCCCUGACGGCCAUGAGAGAGGCGGACAAGUCUGCCCUGCUGAAUGCCCCGGUGACGGGCGAGGGCCUGUUCGGACCGGCUGUGGCUGCAGCGUCCGAACGCUUCUCGCGCCUGGAGGAGGAGAGGAAGCACCUGCUGGGGCAUAUGCCCCUGCAGAAAAAGGCUAACGCUGCUCCCUUCUCUAUCCCUGCAGGUGCCACACAAGUUACUGAGCUGAGCACUCGUACUGUUGUCGAGCGGAGUAAUGAGUUGGUUUCGGUUCGCGAGUUUCCAACUACUAGCGAUGCCAAACCAUCGGGCACGUACAUAGCGGAGUCUGGCCCAGCUAGCAAGCGUGUGGCCAGACCGCUAGCCGCCCCCAUGCGCCAUAACACAGCGUGUGACUCUGUUAUCACGUUACAUGAGCCACCGCUGCAACGUUACGCGCAGAUCUCUGGUCGCGCUGUGAGUCUUCUCGAGGAUCAUAAUGAGGACAGCACUCAGGCCUCUUUUGGCCUUGAGACGCUGCUCCAGCCCUUUCGAGUUGACCCCGCCUUGGGCUGUGUCGCCGAGUCGGUGCACAGCGGCGGCUGGGGUCAGACGAGAAUAGCAAGCUUGCUGACCAAAGGGACGGUGAUCCCUGUCCCCAGAGAUCAAGAGAACUCGGGUCUCUACUCCCCUUAUUUUUUGGUUCCCAAGAAAAACGGGCAGAUGAGACCGAUUUUAGAUCUGAGGGUGCUCAACGAGAGUGUGGCCAAACGGCCCUUUCGCAUGCUGACGAUAAAGCGUUUGCUGACUUGUGUGCAGCGGAACGACUUUGGGAUCAGCAUAGAUCUGAAGGACGCGUAUUUCCAUGUGCCUAUCAAACUGAAGCACAGGAGAUUUCUGCGUUUUGCCUUCGAGGGGAAGAAGUACGAGUACACGCGCCUGCCGUUUGGGUACGCGCUGGCUCCUCGAACUUUCUCCAAGUGCGUGGAAGCAGCUCUAGAACCGUUACGGCGGAGGGGUAUACGCAUUCUGGCGUACCUCGACGACCUGUUAGUUCUGGCUCAGUCUCCGGACAGAGCUAUCCAGGACGCGAUCUCACUGGUGACUCAGCUCAGCCAGUUGGGGUUCGCGGUCAACUGGGAGAAGAGCGCUCCAUGGCCCGCUCAGCAGUUUACCUACCUAGGUAUCCAUUUGGACACUGUUGGGAUGAGAGCCAGACUGUCGGCACCACGGAGAGAGGCUAUUUCGAUAGCUCUCCGUGCGUUCCGGGUCUCACGCACAGUCACCGCACUGUCGGUGAUGUCCCUGUUGGGGUUGAUGGCGGCGGCUCAUGUAGUAGUGCCAUUGGGCCUGUUAUACAUGCGCAAGCUGCAGAGAUGGUUCGCUCAGCUGCGGUUGGAUCCGGUGCGACACCGCCGCAGACUGCUAGUGAUACCGAGAUCAGUCAAAGCCGAUCUGAGCCAUUGGAGAGACCCGCGUGUCUUGACGCGCGGAGUCGACAUGGGCAGAGUGACAUCUCUCUACCCGGUCUUUACGGACGCGUCCUUGACCGGGUGGGGUGGAGUAUGUCAGGCGGGCUCAAUAGGAGGAAGAUGGGAACCGUCAGAGACGCGUCACAUCAACCUCCUGGAGCUCGAAGCGGUUCGACUGACUCUGUGCCAUUUCGCGCUGGUGUUGAAGGAUCAAGACGUUCUCGUCAGAUCCGACAACAGGGCGACGGUGGCUUACAUCAACAGACAGGGAGGGGUGCGCUCUCCAUCUCUUCAUCGCUUAGCGGAGGAAGUGUGGACUUGGGCUUUCACGCACCUGCGCUCCCUGAGAGCUCAGCACAUUCAAGGUCUGCUCAACGAAGGAGCGGACCUGAUGUCAAGGGGCGGCCCGAGAGAGGACGAGUGGAGGUUGAAACCGUCCAUCGUUUCUCUGAUCUGGGCACGCUUCGGCCGAGCACAGGUGGAUCUGUUUGCGUCACGAGCCAACACACAGUGUCCUCUAUGGUUCUCGCUGCGCACACAGGACAGACCUCCGCUGGGAGUCGAUGCGUUCGCGCACCGUUCCUGGCCGAGAGGUCUACUGUACGCAUUUCCACCUCUGGCCUCCAUCCUUUCCUUGCUGGCUCGGGUGAGGUCGGAGGGGCUGUCGGUCAUUCUGAUAGCCCCCGAUCGCCCCGGAGCCCCGUGGUUCCCGGAACUGAUGGGGAUGAUGGUAGGCGGGCCUUGGCCCAUACCUCACCAGAUGGAUGCGCUCUCUCAGGCCGGAGGCCUGGUGAAGAGCCCUCCAGUGAUCGGAGGCCCACUUAUGGCCUGGCUACUGAGAGGGAGCUCUUAG